AUGCCUCGCGUCUUGAUCGAAUGCGAUCCGUCAGUCAAAGCUAUCAUCCUCAAGUACGACGAGGAGCGGCAUGACUACAUAGUCGAGGACUUGGACGACGAUCGACAUCUCGUUGUGAAAGAGAGCCAGCUGCAAAAUCUUAAGGCCCGCCUGAGCCAGGUAUAUAUCCCUCGCCUGCCUGUUAAACUGGCCAGAUCAACGGAUAAAGUUCUGAUACAUAUAUACUUGCAACAGGAGCUGGAUGAAAAGGUCAUGCAGCCGGAAGAAUCCGAAUCAGAGUGA